AUGGGGAACUUAGCAGCCAACGAGGGACUCUCCAUCUUUGUCAUUCUCGUUUGGCUUGGGAUUAAUGCCUUCCUCUUCGUCCAUUUCUACAUGGCCUUUUUGGUCGACAAAUGGUUCUACACGCGUGUGCUUCUUGGGCAUGCUCUGUCAUGGGCUCGAGCUCCAGCCGCAUGCCUCAACUUCAACUGCAUGCUCAUCCUGUUACCAGUCUGCAGGAACCUACUCUCCUUCAUGCGUGGCUCCAUCCAGUUCUGCAGCCGAACGGCCGCUCGGCAGCUGGACCGAAACAUCACUUUCCACAAACUGGUGGCGUAUAUGAUCGCCUUCCACACAGCCGUGCAUAUCAUUGCACAUUUGUUCAACUUUGAGUAUUUCAUGGAUGCCCAGUUGAACCGCAACAGCAGCCUUCUGCCAUAUGUUCUGUCCGAAUUUGGCAACGAUGACAAUGCAUCCUUCCUCAACCCGAUUAGGUCCAACGAAACGAACCCAACAAUUGUCAUGUUCACUACUAUUGCUGGUGUGACGGGUGUGGUCAUCACGUUGGCCCUAAUUCUGAUCAUCACUUCUUCAAUGGAGGUCAUCCGCCGCUCGUAUUUCGAGGUUUUCUGGUACACCCAUCAUCUUUUUGUCCUGUUUUUCAUCGGACUGGUAUUCCAUGGCUUUGGGAGAAUUGUGCGAGGACAGACAUCUGCCAGUCUAAAAACAAACAACCCACUGGUCUGUGCAGACCGGUUUGAAGAAUGGGGAAGAAAUGGGACGGAUUGUGCAGUUCCAGUGUUUGCUGGAAACCCACCAAUGACCUGGAAGUGGAUUGUCGGACCCAUGAUCUUAUACGUUUGCGAGAGGCUUGUUCGCAUCUAUCGAUCCCACCAAAAAGUGGUCAUCACUAAGGUAGUGAUGCAUCCUUCAAAAACCCUGGAGCUGCAAAUGAAGAGGAAAGGAUUCCACAUGGAAGUGGGGCAGUACGUCUUCAUCCAAUGCCCUUCGGUCUCCAGGCUGGAGUGGCACCCAUUCACCUUGACCUCAGCCCCAGAAGAGGACUUUUUCAGUGCCCACAUUCGAAUCGUUGGGGAUUGGACUCAGGAGCUGUAUGAAGCCUGCGUUGGAGACAAAACCGAGCCUCAGGAGGCUUGGAAACUGCCCAAGGUGGCCAUUGACGGGCCGUUUGGUACUGCUAGUGAGGACGUGUUUCGGUACGAGGUGGUGGUGCUGGUGGGGGCGGGAAUCGGUGUUACACCUUUCGCAUCUAUCCUCAAGUCGGUGUGGUACAAGCGCAUCCAGAACCAGGAUGUCUUUACCAGAAAGAUCUACUUCUACUGGCUUUGUCCGGAGACUCAGGCCUUUGAGUGGUUUGCGGACUUGCUGCAGUCGGUGGAGGCCCAGAUGGCGGCGAAGAGUGUGACAGACUUCCUGAGCUAUAAUAUCUACCUCACCCGCUGGAAGGAGGAAGAGGCGGCACACUUUUGGGUCCACCAUGAGGCGGAGAAUGACCCAAUCACAGGGCUCAAGCAGAAGACUCUAUAUGGGAAGCCUAAUUGGGACAGUGAGUUUACCAACAUCGCUUCAAAUCAUCCUAGAACCAAAGUUGGAGUGUUUCUGUGUGGGCCGCAACAGUUGGGCAAGUCACUAGAGAAACAGUGUUUGUCACACUCAGAAGAUGACGUCAAAUUCAUCUUUAACAAAGAAAACUUUUAA